AUGAGUUCCGGUGUCCAGAAAUCGGAUGAAAAGUCGAGGGGGUCUAUAGAUGGGAGUAUUAAUAACAGUUUUGGAAUGACUGCUGAAUCACAAGAGCCGCCACCUUUGAAGAAUUACAUUUUUCUGACUAUCUUCACCUGCUUUUGCCCCGCGUGGCCUAUCAACAUUGUGGCGUUGGUUUUUUCUCUCAUGUCUCAAAGCAGUUAUGAUGCAGAAGACUAUGAAGGAGCUCAGCGACUGGGAAGAAAGGCUCUUCACAUGGGAAUCACCUCACUUGUCAUUGGCCUGCUGAUCAUUAUGGUCUUCAGUAUUGUACACUUUACCACGGUACUCAUCUGA